AGGAAUGGACGUCCCGUCCGUCCAACCGCACCGCUCAGCUCUGCGCGCUCCCGCGGUUGUGUCACGUGAGCGAGCACAACGCGCGCUCCCGCCGAACUCUCGGAGCAGCAGCACUGGAGAGUUCAGAGGAACACACACACACACACACUCAUACUGGACAGCAUCGUCGUCCCCAGGUCACUUCACUGCUGGGCUGUGUUUUCUUCGCGGACUCAGAUCUGAUUAAAUCGCCACUAAUUGCGGAAUAAUUAAUUAGACGAUGACGUCAGGAGCCACACCUGAAAAGAAAAGGGUGAGCUCCGAGAGAAGGAAGGAGCGGUCUCGGGACGCGGCACGCUGUCGACGGGGGAAGGAGACGGAGGUGUUUUACCAGCUCGCUCGAGAACUGCCCCUUCCGCACAGCGUCACAUCCAACCUGGACAAAGCCUCGGUCAUCAGACUGACCCUCAGCUACCUGCGGCUGCGCUCUCUGCUGCACACAGGAGCGCUGAGUGAGGGCUGUGAGUUGGACUCUCGGUGGAGUGUGUGUUGUCAGAAGGCUCUAGACGGGUUCCUCUUGGUUCUCUCUCAGGAUGGAGACGUCGUCUAUGUUUCGGAGUAUGUCAGCAAGUGCCUUGGGCUUCCUCAGAUUGAUCUCUUAGGACAGAGCGUGUUUGAUUUCACUCACCCGUGUGAUCAUGAGGAGAUCAGAGAGACGCUGGUGCACAGAACAGGGCCAUCUAAGAAAGGAAAGGAGGAACAUCAAUCAGAGAGACGUUUUCUGUUGCGGAUGAAGUGCACUCUGACCAGCAGGGGGCGCACUGUCAACAUCAAGUCUGCCACAUGGAAGGUGCUACACUGUUCCGGCCACGUGCAGGAGGGCACAGGUGCACAUGCAUCAUACCUGGUGUUAAACUGCGAGCCCAUCCCUCACCCGGCCAACAUCGAGUCUCCUCUGGACUCCAGAACUUUCCUCAGCAGACACACACUCGACAUGCGCUUCACUUACUGUGAUGACAGGGUCACAGAGCUGUUGGGAUACGACCCCAAGGAUCUUCUGCAGCGGUCAGUGUAUGAAUACUACCACGCUCUGGACUCAGACAGUCUGACCAAAACACACCACAGCUUGUUUGUGAAAGGUCAGGCGUGUACCGGGCAGUACCGAAUGCUGGUGAAGACGGGCGGCUUCGUGUGGGUGGAGACUCAGGCCACGGUUAUUUAUAACAGCAAAAACUCUCAGCCGCAGUGCGUCGUCUGUGUCAACUACGUCCUCAGCGGAGUUGAAGAGCCUGAACUUGUCCUCUCUGUCCACCAGUCUAACUCUGCAUUGGUAAAGCAGGAAAGGGAGGAUGAGGAAGAGGAGAGAGAGAGCGAGAGAGGACAGCAGGAGUGCUCACGGAAAAUGAGGAGUAAAGAGGAGGCGAGCAGUGAGAGAGAGGAGCAGACUGCAGUGCUCUUUGAUGACCUGAAGGGGGAGCCAGAGGCCCUAACUCAGCUGCAUUUCAGCAGCACAGAUACAGAGCUCGGUGUGUUAAAAGACGUCCCCCUCUACAGUGACGUCAUGUUGCCCUCCACCAGCGUUCUGUUGCCCCUUUCACCCCUUUCACCCCCCACUGAAGAUCCCUGUGCCACACUAAGCCAUUCUGACUCCACCGCAACCCAGCUCCAGUUGGAGGACUUCUCUUUCCCGUCAUCAAACACCCCCAGCGCUGUAGGGGGCAUCACUUGCAGCUCGACUCAGCCUAUUAGCUCGUUGACCUCUGAUCUCAGCAACCAAUGCAAAGUGGACGUAGCGGAGAUGUUCUCCAUGGAGACGGAGCCAAAAACCCUGCUGGACACACAGGCGGUGGAGGAUUUGGAUCUGGAGAUGUUAGCUCCCUACAUCUCCAUGGAUGACGAUUACCAGCUCCACGUUCACUCUCCAGCGCAGUCUGGACGUGUUAGCCCAGUUCCAACAUCAAAAUCAGCUCAGAAAGAUUCACCAAACCGGACACAGACGCUGACCUGCAGCACGGGCACCAACAUUAAACCCUCAGAGCAGCUCACAGCAGCACAGCCACAGCAGAGCUCCAACAGGGCAUGUCAGCCAGACUUACAUCUCUCCUCCGCGACUCAGCCUCACCAAAAGCCCCUGAAGAGGAAAUUAGAAACAAUUUCUCUGUCUCAGGCCAUCGGGCUGGGUUCUGUGCUGCAGGUGGUCAGCGACUUACCUGGAGCAGGUAAAAGGGUCAGGAAGUCAGAGGUUGUAGGAUUGGAGGCAGUUUCUCAGCCCACUGUGCCAGAGUCCGUCACUAUACUACUGCUGCCCUCUGAUGUGUUAAACCAGUUGCUGGCUGGACCUUCUGAAGGCAGGACACUCUCUGUGCCUCUGCCCCAGCUGACCCGCUACGACUGCGAGGUCAAUGCACCCAUAGCUGGACGUCAAAACCUGCUGCAGGGGGAGGAGCUCUUGUUUGCCCUGGACCAAAGCAUUUAAACAGCCACACUGGACACACAGAAAGGGGCGUUACUCAUUAUACUUACCGAUACAGGCGGCCUGUCGAAGGUUUGCGGCCUUAAUUUGAAUCUUCUCCCUGGAACCUUUCAGUAAGAAAACUUGGGUUUAGUUGAUCAUAAAGCAGUUCUGUGCUGAAGCGUCCACUCCUGUGCAAACAAAAUGGGCCAAGCCCAAAACAUAAUGGCUUUGCUGAUGGCUUUUCACUGGUCAGGGUCCAGAUUUGAACCGUCAAUACUGAGAGGAUCAAUACUGACUCCUCUUACUGUAAAAGACUGUCUGCACACAAAACUUCAACAUUUAAAGAAAUUAAAGCGGAAAAAUCCCAUACUAACCUACUUUAUCCAUUUCUAAUGAUAUGUUAAGACCUAAGAGUUUAAUGUGUGGGAUUUAUUUGCACAGGAGUGUACAUUCACCUACAUUCAUCUUCAUGAUCAUCCGAGUGUCCUCCUCGGGAUGAAGAGCAGGUUGUUGUCUGAAUAAUAAACAAGCUUCAUUCUCCAUUUGGAGUGGGAAUUCA